AUGUAUUAUUCGGUGCAAUCAGCGAAGUACUGGCGAAACUCGGCAUUUUUUCUUGGAUUCCCGAUAGUUGGGCUGGCAGUUUACGCUGCUCAUCACAGAGAACCAAAGUGGCACAAGAGAGAAGGCUGGAACAAAGUGGAUUUUCUCAACCCUUGUCCAAGACAUACGCAAGUUUACGAAGCUGACAGUAACAGAUGUUUGUUUUACAACGCAGAAAUCAACUGGAUUACUUUGACCGGCUUUGCUGACGGUGAAAAUGACGUCACGAUUUUGAGAAACGAAGAGAAUGGAGAAGUUCGUCACUAUCCUUAUCUCUCUGAAGUCGAAAAAACUGACCUUCGCUGGGACGCUCUCGGAGCAAGUCAACUCGAGCCGCUUAAUCCCGAGAUGAACUACAAGACUCCUGAAAUGACGGCUCAUCUCCGAAGACGACAACUCGCAAAAGCUGAGCUCACCAAGGCUCCAAAGAAAAAGGCACAGAAGUCAUUCUGGAAUUGGUAA